AUGGAGGUUGUUCUGGUCGUCGACGGUUCCUUCAGCAUCGGCGCUACGACGUUCAACAACAAUGUCAAGGCCGUGCUACGUAAUUUCGCUACUAUCCUGUUUUACCUCGGCAAGGACGUCUCCGUAGGCCUUGUUCUGUACAGUCACGUGAUUGACAAAGUCAUAGACCUCACUGAUGACGUCACGAGAUAUCGGACGGGAGUAGAUGGUCUGCCUUAUCCCGCAGGCGGCACGUACACUGAUUUAGGAAUCAAGUCGGCUGCUGAGAUGUUUAGAAGACUUGGGAAAGCAGGAGUGACUAAGAUAAUGAUUGUAAUCACGGACGGUCAGUCUGCCAACCCUCAAAGGACGUCACAGGAAGCGGCUGCCGCUAGACGUAGUAACAUCACGAUAUUCGCCGCUGGGGUCGGUCACACGCCAACGUCGGAGCUGCAGGCCAUGGCGACGUCACCACAACACGUACUGACCGCCGACAACUACGACGAGAUGUCUACGCUACUGGCAGGAUUAACCAAGAACUGUGCUGUUGACGGCGGAUGGACUGAGUGGCGACGUCUGGGUUACGGCCCUUGCAGCUCGACUUGUGGCCCGGGAACUCAGUUAACGUACGAAAUACGUUACUGCUCAAACCCAACACCACGGGACGGAGGUGCGAGCUGCAUCAACUCCAACACACGGAUCUUCUCUGAACAGUGUACAAAACAAGUGCCCUGUCCAAGUUCUGGCCUGUGUGACGAUGUUAAGAUGGUCAAUGGAGUCGGCUUCAGACUGCACCCCCGGGACUGCGACAAGUUCAUACAGUGUUACAGCCGGCCUGACGGGUACACACUGGGCGUGGUCAGGACGUGUUCUUACGGACGAUACUGGAACCAGGAGGAGGUGAUGUGUGACGAAGCGUGCCGGGUGGACUGCCCAAUAGAAAGAUGUAAAAACGACUGCAUUUCCACGUACAAGAUGGACGGAAGUUGCCGAGGAUACUGGUCAUGUGACGAGGAGAAGUCGGAACCUCAGUGCUGUCCAAUGGGAUUCGCCUACGUCAGCAAGAGGGGUUGUCUGUUAGAUUUUACGUGCCGAGAUCAGUGCCCAAUGAUAUGUACCGGUGAAGAGGUGUGUAACAGCCGGCCAGUGUGGACGGACGCACACAGAUAUGAGCAGAGUUCGGACAGACCAGGCUGGGUGGAGAACGCGUGUAUGAAGUCCAGUCUCUACUUCGACAUUGUCGCGUGUCAGUGUUCUACGGCACCCACGACAGAGUGCCGGCCACGCAUGACCAUGGAUUUCAGCAAUCCUAACCAACUGACCACUGACCCUGUCGUUGUUGUUUCCCGUAGCAACCUAGAGGUGACAGGCAAAGUGGCCGUGUUUUCUGGCAACAGUAAAAUUACUACAGACAUCAGUAUACGCUCUCCUGGUUACCCGAUCUCAAUACGAUUGAACUACAGAGAGGCAGCGGCCGUUAAUUCAAGACAGGUCUUAGUGGCUGCGCCUUGGUGCAAACGAGCUUCUUCAGUAUCCAUGGUGAUAUUUGUUGACAAAAAUGUCAUUGGGUUUGAAGUGAAGAAUUGGUACGGCAUGAAAGAACACAUGACCAUCCCAACUGACGGGUUUUCUCUCGACGAAUGGAAAGAUGUGUUAUUCGCGUAUGACGGCAAGUACCUCACAGGCACGGUGCAGUCGGGCAAGAAUAAACACGCUAGCCGAGUUUACGCUCCCAAGAUAACCAUGGUUGAAUGUGGGCUGGAUUUCGGAUCAGACGGAACAACCAGUACAUUUAAUGGACAGAUGGAUUUAGUGAGUUUUUCUCUAGUGUUGUUGAAACAUAGUCUCUCCUUUGUGGACUUGGAGUGUCCCACCGUGAUCUAUCAUUCCCAGUUCAUCGGGUUCCAAUGUGUUGCAGAAUUCAAGACAGUCUUCAUACUCUACUUCCGGAUGAAUGAGAAAAAACAAACAGAAGACAACAGAGCUCAGUUUGGAAAGGGCGAGCAGAUAAAGGGACAUAGUUCUGUUUCGGACUUCAAUUGA